AUGGAGUUCGCGGGGACAGGGCGACAAGCAGCAUCGCAAAUAACGUAUGAGACAAAAGAUGCAAUGAGCAACUCCACAAACGAGAUUCUAGCUUACAAUAAUCCAUUUCGUGCAACCCAUUUCGGUGAUCAUGCCGGUGGUUCCAAGAAGGAUCCCACCCCUGAUUAUGUCGGAAAAGCACCAAUCAACGGGCUUCAUAUCAAAGAGUCGAGGCUACUGCGGCCACUUGAGUGCAACAAGACACACAUCUUUGCUGGAUUCGUUGAACUUCCAAGGGAAGCGCGUUGUCUUUUACCUAGAGUUAUUGGUGAUUACGGCUCUUGGUACGAUGCCGUGGAAAGUUUAGAGCAAUUGGCUGUCGAUCAUAACAUACCGCUAAUUGUGAAUCGCUCACAAAUCUUCUUUCCCCAGAUCCAGAUGAAUGGGCGCGCAAAUCAUCCCUUGAGCCCUUGCCUCAAAUCUCCAGGUUGUCAAUCUACGUUGAGAGAGGGACCCAGCAUCCCGGUCAUACUUCCAUUUAGGGGAGUCACUCGAAUGCUGAAUAACCGCCCCUCACAAACUAAGGAUUAUGCCAGGGACAGGGCCUCCAUGACUGACCUUGGCUCCGCCGUCUGGUCUGGCCCAUCUCUAGAGACCAAGGCCAUUUAUGAUCUGGCUUGCAGCCACUUCUACAACGUCUUUUGCACGAAACCGUCGACCUCUGCGUCAGCCGGCAUACUCACCAACAAAGGAUUGCCAUCGGAGAGGGCGUUGCGCCAAAAGCUUGGAUGA